AUGGGAAGAACAGGAACCGGAAAAACGACAUUAACUAAUGCGCUUUGUGGCACAAAGCAUGCAGCUGGUGAAGGAGCAGGAAGUAUCACUCGAAAUCUUUAUCGUAAUGACGUUAAUUGUGGUGAAUAUACAUUUUCUCUAAUUGAUACUCCUGGAACUGAUAGUUCAACUGAAACAUACAAACAUGCUUUUUUACUGAGAGAAGCAUUGACAGCAACAAAAAUUAACACAAUUUUUAUUGUUAUCAAGUAUGAUAGUCGAUUUGAUAAAAUGAUUGAAAAUUAUUUUGAAGUCGAGCAACCGGUCUAUAACUAUGGUAGCAAAAUUGUUGUCAUGAUUUCUCAUUGGGACCAAUCUAAAAAUCCGCAAAAUAGUUUCAAGGAAAUUUGUGGAUUAUUUCAUGAUGAAUGUCCAAGUGUCACCAAUUUGAUCUUUUAUUCCGAACAAAAUUGUAAAGCCGAAGUGGCAAAUCUUAUGUAUGGUUGCAUGUCCAAUAUGAAGGAUGAAAAACUUGUUAUAAAGGACGAGGACUUUUUUUUUAAAUUUAACAUUUAUGAAAUGAAGAAUCGAAUCAAAAUUUCAUUUGGAGAAUAUCGAAAAAGAGCAAAUUUACUUGUGCAAGAAUAUACAGAUCUUAUUAACUCUGCUAAAUCUGCAUCCGUUGAGGAUAAAGAUGAAAUUUUACAUAUGACCAUAGUGAAAUUCAAAGAUGAAAUGGAAACGUUAUUACAAGAAUUUCAACAACAACAUGGUAAUACAAUGAUCGAAUUAGAUUAUUACGCAUUUUCUAUUAAAAUGGAGAAAGAAAAUGUGAAAAUUUGUGAUGAAUUUGUUGAAAAAGUUGUACCGUGGAUGUCUUAUAGUUUAACUGAUAAUCAAGAUCCAAGAAAUUUAAUCAAAAGAUGCCCACACUGCAAAUUGAUCUGGUUUAAAACAGAAGGUUGUGAUGGAUCAACAUUUUGUGGAAACAAUGACUUUGAAAGUCGUAAGGACGUGAGUAAGAAAGCUUUUUGGAAAUAUCAACUGGAACGAAUAGGCGGAAAACUUAUAUUUAUAAAAAAUCCGGCAAGCGAAAAUAUUCUUGAAGAAAAUGAAGCAGCGGAGAAUUGUUCUGAUGAAGAGGCUGCAACUUUCGAAGAAAAUGUUAUAGAAACUGCUCGAACACCGUUCACACAACCUAUCAGUCAGAUACGACGAACCACUCGAAGUUUCCUUCAAAAUUUGAUACAACAUCGCAGCCAAAGAAAGUCCAAAGGUGUAGGAUGUGGAAAAGAAUUUAAAUGGAGUGCACUUCCAAAAUUGGAAGAUACAUUAAUUCUCGAAUUAUUCAAAGUAAAAACAAUCGAUCAAGCGAGACAACUAUUUUCAAAAUGGCAAUUUUAG